GUCAUGAGCGCACUGGGCACGCGCAGCUCGUUGUCGCUGCCGUGGUGUCCUACCAGCAUCUGUUCCUGCUUUGGUAUUAAAAAUAGACCGGUGCUGAUAACGACUUAUGUUUCGGCUACAUCACUUCCCGUCGAGAAUCGUUUGUGCGCUACUUUCAUUUUAAUCACCGGACCGUGAACGCGGCGGAGCGCAAAUGCGCAUCGCUCUGCGCAUCUUUGAGUCUUCAGAACCACGCCGUGGACAAUCUCCCUGACAUCCAAGGACCUCUCUCCUCCACAAUCCGACGAGGCUUUCUUCGCCGCCUAUGGCCGCACAUCGGCAUCCCUGAGCCGCUUGGCCUCGUCCCGGACCUUUCACCCAUCCGCUGUCCUCACAAGGUCUUUCAAACGGGGAGACAUUUCUACAAUUUUUAUUUUAUUUUAUUUUAAAAUAAUCACCGGCUGACUGUAUUAUUUUUUUAAGGACCCGGUGCUAUGCAGGGCCCAUCUAUCUAGAUCUUGUGAUCAAUAGCCUGCACGAUCUCUCCUCCCACAUUCGUCCGAUCGAGACCCUGGUACUCCCAUCGAGCCCCCGACGAUGCAUCCUAACGCAGUGAUGCUGGCGGUGGUCCUUUUGGCGAACUUGAUGCUGCCAUUCGCCUCUGCGCAGAACGCUGGGUUUGUGAAGUCGCCACUGUCUGAGACUAAGCUUACGGGGGACACCUUUGAGCUGUACUGCGAGGUGGUCGGUAACCCCACUCCAGAGAUCCAGUGGUGGUAUGCUGAGGUCAACCGAGCCGACUCCUUCAAGCAGCUGUGGAACGAAGCCCGCAAGCGUCGGGUAUCCAUCAACAUGGCCUACGGCAGCAAUGGGGUCAGUGUGCUGGGCAUCACGCGCCUCACACUGGAGGACUCUGGGACCUAUGAGUGCCGGGCAAGCAACGACCCCAGGCGCAAUGACCUCCGACAAAACCCUGCCAUCACCUGGAUCCGCGCCCAGGCCACCAUUUCGGUGCUACAGAAACCAAAGAUCAAUGCCUCUGAUGAGAUCGUCCUGUCGUCGGAUCAUAGUAGCGCUAACCCUGCCCCACCGGUUACUGUGCAGUGUAACCUCACCGCUGCCCACACCACCCACAAAGAAAGCUUCUGGAUGAAGAAUGGACAGGAGAUCGCCAACACAAGGACAGAGCAGGGGAUCACGGUGUACAGAAUCAUGAAACCGCGGGCAGAUGAUUCUGGGGAGUACAUGUGUGUUUACACAUUCGAGACGGCACCAAAUGCCAAUGCUACAAUUCAAGUGAAAGCGAAACCUGACAUCACUGGCCACAAGCGAAGUGAAAAUAAAAACGAGGGGGAGAAUGCCACGAUGCACUGCAAAUCCGUUGGUUACCCACAUCCCACCUGGACGUGGCAUAAAGUGGAUGGAACAUCCUACCUGGUGCAGGACAUCGACAACUCCACUGGACGCUUCUUCAUCACCAACAAAGACAACUACACGGAGCUCAACAUACUAAACCUGGACAUAAACACAGAUCCUGGAGUAUACCAAUGCAACGCCAGUAAUGCCAUCGGAAACACUUCUAAGACCACUAUACUUCGAGUGCGCAGCCAUCUUGCGCCCCUUUGGCCCUUCCUGGGUGUGCUCGCUGAAAUUAUAAUCCUGGUGGUCAUCAUCGUUGUGUACGAGAAACGCAAGAGGCCAGACGACAUCCUUGACGAUGAUGAACCAGUUGGACCUAUGAAAACAAAUUCAACAAACAACCACAAGGACAAAAACAUUCGCCAGAGGAAUACGAAAUAAGCAAUUUACUCAAAUGAGAUGUCUAAACUGCAUUUUUUGACUACACGACGGUAUCAGAGCUGGAUGGAGCUCCGGGGCAGUUUUGAAAAAAGCACAUCUUGUCUCAGUUUAUGAGAAACAAUAUCAGCAUAACACUGGCAACAAAAAGAACAUGACGGCUGUCUUAAGCAUGCCUUAUUCAGUCUUACGUGGAGAUUUCAGGAUGACGAAUAAUGACUAAAACCACCACAAAGGUGUACACAUUUUUAAUGUGCUGUUGAUGUCUCCUUUAUUCAUUUUACCAUGUCCUCAAAUGAGGUGAUCCCUUUUGUAUUACAUAUCAUGUACAAUGCAUGCAAGGUAAUUACGCAAUAGGAUACUCAGAAUAGACAUUUUCUGUUGUUAUCCCUCGUGUGGCUUUUUUUGCAUCCAAAAUGAUCUAUGUUUUUUAUGGAGUCAUCCCAUAUACAUAUAUAUGUAUAUAUAUACAUAUACACAUAUAUAUAUACAUAUAUAUAAUUUUAUUCUUGAAAUUUGUACAGCAUAUCAUGGUCAUUUAACUAUAUUUGAUUUGUGACAAGAAGUCUACUUUUAACAGAACUUUUAUUGUGAAGCAAGGGCUUCAAUGUCUGGCAGUAUUUAAAUUUAACUGAGAGUGCUUACAGAAAAUGACUACUGUAUGUUUAAAUAUCUUAACAAAAAUGAUGUGUAUUAUUUUUAUUUUCUUUCCAGGGUAAACUUAGGUGUCUUGUAUAUGUUGAAGUAUGAGUGUUCAAAUGAUAGGAAAUCUGUAAAAAACAAAAAAUAUUUUUUUUAUAUUUCCCAAUUUCAUUGAUUGAUUUUUAUUUUUAUUUCCUCUCUUUAACUGUAUAGCAUGGCUAUAAUCCUAUGCAAUAUGUAUUCUUAAAUAGAUAUAUGGAGGGCAGUUUGUUUGACUCAGUGAAGCUUUAAUAUUGUGGGAUCACUUGGAAGCUGGCCUAGCGAAAUUCACUGCUGUAGCUGCAUGACUCCUCUUUCAAUAAAAUGUAUCUGUGUGUGUUGCGGUGGAAAUGGACCUGCAUUAAGGUGGGAACUGAGGGACCAGAGUAUAUAGCCACGAUCAAACAUAUGAGUGAGACCAAUAUUUUUUUUCUGAAUAAAAAGUUUAAAAAGGAA